AUCACAAUCAUUUGAGAAAGAAAGAAAAAAAAAGUUCUUCGGCGCCUAGUCUAAUCGCCUGGCACGAUGGCUUGCGAAUUUUCUAAGCAGCCCAAACGAUGGCCGAUCCACGCGGCUUCAAGCCAAUAAAUCAGUUGUGGCAGAGCGUGGCAGUACCAACGGAUCCGGAUUCGGAAUACUUAUACGAGGAGAUUUCGGGCCUUUCGGGGUCCCAGGAUAACGAGACAGGGCCGGUGGGGGCCGCUGUCGUUGGGGAGGAGGAAGAGGAGGAAGAGGAAGAAGAGGAGGAGGAAGAAGAGGAAGAAGAAGAGGAAAAAGAAGAGGACGAGGAGGAGGACGAGGAGGAGGAGGACGAGGAACAAGAAGAAGAGGAAGAAGAAAGUAGAAGAAGACAAGAAGAAUUAAUAAAUAUCAGUAGAAUAAACAGAGGUUGGUGGAGAUAUCACGAUACAAAAGAGAGUAUUUGUACAAGCAAUCCAACAACAACAACCACCACCAUAACAACAAGCACCACCAUAGGCGACCAUUUGAAGUCGCGUAGCAGCAGUAGCAGCAGCAAAUCGGCCGACAAUCGGCGGCCAUCUUCAAUUAUUUCAAACGAAAGGAAAAAUAUCAAUAGCAGGGUGGAGGAGGUGCAGCAUGCCGCGCGCAGGAGUUACGUGGAGUCCGGUACAGGAGGAUCGGUACCGCCACCACCUCCUGUUGCAACCGGUCUCAAGCUGACCUCGAGGGGACGCACUAACAGCAACACAGUUGCUCAUUACAUUAGAUCGGCCAGUACCAAUACCGGUCAACAUUAUCACCACCAUCAUCACGGCUUGCACAGCCAAUAUCCGGUCGGAAGUGGUGGGACCACUAUCAGGCCGAACGUCAGGCAUCAUCAUCAGCAUAGAAGAUUUGUCAGUAAUGAGACGCAGGAAGAGAUACAGGAGGACGAUGAAGCUACUCUACGGGAGUUGCUUGUAAGUCUGCAGAAACAGGUCAGCGUUAUGAGUAUGAACCUGAGUGCCAAGUUGGACGAGCUGCAGCGGGGUGACCGCCAGCUGGAGACUACUGUCGCCCUAUGUGAGAUUCGUACACAACUUCAGGAACUAACCAAAAGUGUUGAGUCUUGCCAGAGCGAGGUCAGCGAGGUUAAAAGGGAUAUGGUCGCGAUUAAGCACGAGCUAGACACCGUGCAGCAAGUAAAGGAGGAGAUUGAGGAAUUACGAGAAUAUGUAGAUCGCCUGGAAGAACAUUCACAUCGACGAAAACUCAGACUGUUGGAACAGGUGACCCUUCAUAUCGAGUUUUUUGGUUACGUACAGGAAAUGAUCGACUGGAUGUCCUAUCUGUCAGUUGUGUCUACGCUUAGCUUCGUGGUAUUCUUUGCUGUUGGACCUGGAUCCAUUCCUUGGAUGAUUACAGCAGAGUUGUUUUCGCAAGGCCCUAGACCUGCCGCUAUGUCCAUUGCAGUUCUUGUCAAUUGGAUGGCUAAUUUUUUGGUUGGCAUUGGUUUUCCAAGCAUGAAGUCUAGCCUUGAAAACUACACGUUCCUACCGUUCAGUGCAUUCCUAGCCAUCUUCUGGAUCUUCACUUACAAGAAGGUUCCCGAGACCAAAAAUAAAACCUUUGAAGAAAUUCUAGCAUUAUUCAGACAUGGUAAUGACAGGAGCAGCUUACGAGAUAGCAGACUUUACGGGAGCAUGCUAAACUGUGUGAAUGCAUUAGAGGGACACAUACCGCCAGCUGAGAGUGCAGCCCUGAUGGUGGCCGAAGAGAAGCCACAUCCAGAUUCAUUUGUGUUUGCAGCUGGAUCCGAGCGAUCUUCCGUCGCUCCCGCUCAACCGGAGAGGCCACCGCCCCCGCUUCCCCCGCCACGCUUUCCGAGCAGCGGUGUCUGACAAUGGGGAACAACUCCUCUUAAUAUUGGUAAUCUGGUGAUAAUGAACACUCCUAUUCCACUACCUUCGUUGCUACUAACUACGAACAGUUACAACCUGGAGAGUCAACUUUACGAGAUGAUUACAGAAAGUAGCAAAGCAUGUGCUGUCUAUUUGAGGAACAGUUUAUUUCGUGCUUUCAAUGCUACCACCAAUCACGGAUGGAAUUACGUACGCGAUUAAAACGAUUAUUAUAUAUACGACGAACAUCUUCUUGAACGAGGGGAAAAAACAGUAAAACGAAAACAAAUCAAUUAAAUAUUAUAACCGAAGGUGGACGAUUCAUGAAAGAAAAUCUUCUUUGUUUUUUUAUUUCUUUUGUUUUCGUAAAUUAUCAGCGAAUCGAAAGGUAUCUAUUACCCCCACCACCACCACCACCACUAACCCGGCAUCAACAUCGCAACUACCGAUGACAACAGUACGCGGGAAUCAUCAAAGAAAAUGAAAAUUUAGUAAUACCACGCGAAAUUAGUGAUUUGUGCCUAAGAAGCGAUAUAUUCGAGAAGAAAAUAAUUAAUGUUAUAAUUGUUUAUUAAUAUUUACGCGAGCGAGGGUUGUUAUUAGAAAAAGACGCUUUACGAUUAAUGAAAACGUAACACAACCAAAAAUAUACCCCUCUUUUUUUAUUUUAUUUUUUUUAUCUUACCACAAUUCUUACCUGUCUAUCAUCCCCUCCCCCUAUCUUCUCACGAUCGUUCAUCGUUUUAGAAAUAAACGCAUACCUCAUGACAGAUUGAUUCACUUUUGUAUGAUUAAUUGUGACAGGAUUUUUGACACAAUUGUAUUUAACUUUUUUCUAAUAUAUUAUCAUCAUUAUCUUCUUCUCAUUCGUCAAUUUUAACGUUGUAUUUAACGGUUAUAAAAAACAAUAUGUCGAUCUAACUAAUACGAGAGAAAAUAUAAUUCCUUCGAAAGAUUUAUACAUCGUUCCUGAAUAUACACACAACACAUACACGUUCGCAUAUAUUUGCGCAAUAAAUAUAUCGAUUAUUAUUAUUAUUAUUAUUAUUAUUAUUAUUAUUAUUAUUAUUAUUGAGAUUGAAAAAUUACGAUCUACCGUGCAACGAAAGCAAUUUUAAACGAACUACUAACAAUAAAAAUUAACGAAACAAAUGAAGUUGUC